AUGAAAAAAACAUAAGAAGAAGGGAAAUAACUAAAUCCAUAAUUAUAUCCAGCUCCAUAGAAAAUAAAAGAGGAAGUGAUAAAUCCAAUAAUAAAAGAUAAGAAAGAUAAGAGAUUGUUGAAGAUAACAAUAAAUGAGAAGGCAAUUAAAAAUGAAGAUUAUAAUGAAUUAAGUAUUUAAUUAGAAGAGAAACGCAAGAAUAUAAAACAGAAAUAUUAAGAAUUUUAAUCAAGAAUGAAAGAAGUACUUUAGAGAUUGAUCUAUUAUAAAAACAAAAACUUCAUGAGAUUAAAUUAGAAUUAUUAUGGUAAGAAUAGGAAGAUAAUUGUUUAAUUGGAAUAAUUAGUAAAAGAUCUAGGUUUGAAUAUAAAAGAAAUAGGAUUAUUGGAGAAGGAUAUAGUUAUAUAUAAAUAAGCAGAUCCUAUAAACAAUUUUUCAAUAUAUCAACAAGCAACAGGAAGAAAUGAAACAAAUUAACGUUAAAGAGCUAAAGAGGAUGAAUAAAAAGAGGAUAAUAAAAAAAAUGAAGAUAAAAAUAAAGAGGAUGAAUAAAAGGAGGAUAAUUAUAACAAUGAAAUUAAUAAUAAAAAAGAAUAAAAUGUAGGUUAAUAAUAGAAUGGAAUGUUAAAUGAUCAUUAUCCAUUACCACCAGAUGUUAUUAGUGAAGUAGUAGUGGAGAGAGAAUGUGAUAAGGAAUUAACAAUAUCAAUAAUAUUUGAAAAACCUGAAGAUUAUGGAUAUGAAAUUACAAAAUAUGCAAUCUUUUAAUUAGAUAUGAAUGAUACAUCUUUAUCAUUAUAACCAAAUAAAAGAAUUCUAUUAGAAUUUAAUAAUAAUAAAGAAAAUGUUUAAAGAUAAAAUUUACUAUUUAAAAAUAAUCCUAAAAAUUAAGGAGAAUUAGCAUUUAAUGAAAUGAUCUAUCUUUCAAUAGAAGCUAUGAAUUGUAAUGGAUGGUCUUCAGAAUUAGAAUUAUAUCCUAUCAAAAUAUAUUUGAAAUCAUUUUAAAGUGGAUCUCUAUUUAUUGAUGGAAUAAUUAAUGUUAAAUUAUUUAAUGAAAAAUAAUCAUUUAUUGAAUUAAUUGAUAUUCCAUAAUAGAUUAAAAUAGAUGAUUAAGAAUAUUAUGUAAUUGAAGAUUUUAGUUUAAUCUUAAUUGAAGAAAAUAGAAUUAAAAUGGCAUCAAUUAAAUAUGGGUAAUUUAUUUCUAAAUAUAUAUAUAUAGUACUGUUGGUUUUGUGAAUACAUCUUUUGAAGUUUCAUAAUGGGGAAAUAUUUUAAAUUUUGAAGAUACUACUAUUACUUAAAAUGAUGUAGUAGAUCCUUAAAAAGAUUUUGAUGUUUGUACACCAUAUUAAAUUUAUACAUUAAAACCUAUUAGUAAAAUAGCAUGUGGAUUAUAUCAUACUUUAGCUGUUACUAUUGAUGGGAAUGUAUUAUCAUGGGGAUAUAAUGAUCAUGGUUAAUUAGGAAAUGGUAAUUCUUUUGUAGUAUUUUAUUAGGUACAUAGAUAAGUUCAAUGGAAAUAUAAGAAAUUUAAUAUUUUCAUAAAAAUUAGUUUUUUGUUGUUGAUAUUUCUGCAGGUGAAGGAAUAUCAAUCUGUAGAACAGAUUAAGGUGAUGUUUUCACAUGGGGAAAAAUGUAAAAUUAUAAUCAUAAUGGAAUGGUUAAAGUUUUAAAUUCUUUCAAAGAUACAAUAAAUUUAUAAUGCACAGAUCAUACUAAUAGUUAAUUGAUUCCUCGUAAAAUCAAUUUAAAAGCCAAAGCUAUUUAUACUGGAUAUUCUUGUUUUGGUGCACUCUCAUUAGAUAAUAAUAUCUAUAUGUGGGGUAGUAAUGAUUAUGGUGUUUUUGGAUUUGAUUAAUGUUCAGAAUUAGACGAUCAAUAUAUUAUACAUAUGAUUGAUCCUAUGAGAAUUAAUAUUUUAAAUUAUCAUAUCAAGUAACUAAUUAAAAUUAAUCUAGAGAGUUUCAAAUAGGAGCUUACCAUUGUAUAAUCAGAGUAUAAGAAUAUGAUAAAAAUUAUGAAUAAUUCAUUUCUUGGGGUGAUAAUUCAUAUAAUUAAUGUGGCUAAUCAUAAUAGUUUGAAUUUUCUACUAUUAAAGGAACUAAAUUUUGCAAAAAAAACAUUAUGAAGUAUUUUCUAUUUUUAUCUAUUUAGUCUAUUGCCUAAUUAGAUAUAUAAAUCUUAUAGUUGUGGUUAUGAUAGCUCUGUAUUUUUAUCAGAUGAAAAUACUAUUUUCAAAUUUUCAAACAAUAAACUAACAUCAAAAAAGUGUAAUGUUUUAGGCAAUGUAACAUAAAAUUAAUUAUAUUUUUUAGUAAGUUUUUGCUGGAGAAUAUAUGACCUGCCUUAUAGGUUCACAAUGA